UCUCCCAUCCUGUACAACGCAAGCCAAACUUCCAGAAGCAUCAUGACCUACGGAUCAGGAUUCGGCGGCCGCGCCUUCAGCUGCUUCUCAGCCUGCGGGACCCGCCCCAGCCGCUGCAGCAUCACGGCCGCCCCCUACCGCGGCAUCUCCUGCUACCGCGGCCUCACCGGGGGCUUCGGCAGCCGCAGCCUCUGCGAGGGCUUCCGCACCGGCUCCUGCGGCCGCAGCUUCGGGUACCGCUCUGGCGGCGUGUGCGGCCCCAGCCCGCCCUGCAUCACCACCGUGUCGGUCAAUGAGAGGCUCCUCGCGCCCCUCAACCUGGAGAUCGACCCCAACGUGCAGUGUGUGAAGCACGAGGAGAAGGAGCAGAUCAAGUGUCUCAACAACAGGUUCGCUGCCUUCAUCGACAAGGUGCGCUUCCUGGAGCAGCAGAACAAGCUGCUGGAGACCAAGUGGCAGUUCUACCAGAACCGCCAGUGCUGCGAGAGCAACCUGGAGCCCCUGUUCCAGGGCUACAUCCAGACGCUGAGGAGGGAGGCCGAGUGCGUGGAGGCCGACAGCGGGAGGCUGGCCUCGGAGCUCAGUCACAUGCAGGAGGUGCUAGAGGGCUACAAGCAGAAGUACGAGGCGGAAGUCGCUCUGAGAGUGACAGCGGAGAACGAGUUUGUGGCUCUGAAGAAGGAUGUGGACUGCGCCUACCUCUGCAAGUCAGACCUGGAGGCCAACUCAGAGGCCCUGAUUCAGGAGAUCGACUUCCUGCGGCGACUGUAUGAGGAGGAGAUCCGAGUUCUCCACACUCACAUCUCAGACGCCUCGGUCAUCAUCAAGAUGGACAACAGCCGGGACCUAAAUAUGGACAGCAUUGUGGCCGAGAUCAAGGCGAACUAUGACGACAUUGCCGGCCGCAGUCGGGCCGAGGCUGAGAGCUGGUACCGCAGCAAGUGUGAGGAGAUGAAGGCCACGGUGCUCCGGCAUGGGGAGACCCUGCGCCGCACCAAGGAGGAGAUCAACGAGCUGAACCGCGUGAUCCAGAGAUUGACGGCCGAGGUCGAGAAUGCCAAGUGCCAGAACUCCAAGUUGGAAGCCACUGUGACCCAGGCGGAGCAGCAGGGCGAGGCGGCCCUUAAUGAUGCCCGCUGCAAGCUGGCCGGGCUGGAGGAGGCCCUGCAGAAGGCCAAGCGGGACAUGGCCUGCCUGCUCAAGGAGUACCAGGAGGUGAUGAACUCCAAGCUGGGCCUGGACAUCGAGAUCGCCACCUACAGGCGCCUGCUGGAGGGCGAGGAGCACAGACUGUGUGAAGGCGUUGGGGCCGUGAAUGUCUGUGUCAGCAGCUCCCGGGGCGGGGUCGUCUGCGGGGACCUCUGCGUGUCCGGCUCCCGGCCGGUGACUGGCAGCGUCUGCAGCGGCCCCUGCAGCGGGAACCUGGCGGUGAGCACCGGCCUGUGUGGGCCCUGCGGCCCCUGCAGCUCCAUCACGUCUUGCGGCGUGGGCUCCCGCGCCAGCAGCUGCCGCAAAUGUUAAGCGCCCCAACUCAGGCCCGGGCCGGACAACCCUUCCGCGCAGCCCGGCAGGGCCCGCCUUGCCUGGCCCCGCCCCGCCCACCUCUGGGCGGAGCAAGCCCUAGGCUACUUCGCUGGCUCUUUGAAAGGUCCAUCCCACUCCUAGCAUCUCAAGCCUGUGUGUGAUCCCCUCUUCCCGGGCUCUGCCGCCCACGCUGGGAAAGGCUACCCUAGAAAGAAGUCUCUUUGGCCACCACAGGAAGGGGACUCCGGGGCAGGGGGGACCAGGAUUAGGACCUGGGCUGCUAUGGGGCCAAUAGCCAACGCUCCCACUCUGUCCCAGCAUCACCCCUUCCUUCUCUGCCGUGUUCCUCUCCUUGAUCUGUGU